AUGAGGCUCGUCGUCGUCGUCUUCAUCGCUACCACCAACGGGUUGCGUGUUUCCGCAUUCGCCCCCGUCGGGACGAUGGGGAGUGUCUCCGUGUACCGGAUUUCGCGUAGAAACCCAAGACGCGCUCGGCGAGCACCAGCAGUCGGAUCCAUCGAUGUACUGUUCGCUGCUUACGAUGCGGAAUGGCAAGUCGGUGACGUGUAUCGCGAUUUGGAACUCCUCGAACAAGCCAUCAACAUCUCCAACGCCGACGUUAAUCUACAGUACGCGCAACGAAUCGAGACUCUCGAUUACUUUGCAGCACAGCGACGUCCAUUGGCUGCCGAUCUGGCGCACUCCAUUGGACCAUCGCUCGGAUUUUCCGUCACCCUCUGGCUUUGGUUCUACUGGUCCCCCUUUCCAAGGACCUGCCGCCGUUUCGUUCGAACUCUGAACCAUGCUUUGGCCGCACACUUUAUGUGCGCAGCCGUUCUGGCACCGAUACUGGCACUCCUCGUUCAACAAUGGCGGCGCCAUCCAGAACCCUUGCCAACAGAAUUGCAAGGGAUCGACCCCGAAUAUUACCGGUUUACCACCACGACGUGGGAAGAUCCCAAAACGUCCUGUCGUAAUUUCAUUUUGUGUUUGCUGGAGCAGUGGACAUCGGUAGUGCUGGGUUUUGCACUUUGCGGACCUUUCCUCACGUCGACUACCGCACUUCCGGUUCGCAUGAUCACGCGGACGGCGAUCGUGGCGUCUCUCCGUCAGUACCCGCAGCUAUGGUUCGAAUUUUCACGAUCGCAACAACCACUUCCCCUUUCCGGAUCGGUGUGGUUGCUACGGACAUUAUUGGCUGCCGCCGCUGUCGUGUACACCCCUUGGUUCCUCGCUGCAGAAGCGGCCUUGUGGAUGCAUGCGGUGCACCUCCCACUGGCUCGUGUGGCCCUCGUAUACGGAACCAUGGCCAUCUUGGCCUACGCUACGCGGUACCUUCCUCCGUCGGUCAAGAUUCGAGACGUAUCCACUUGGAACAAAGUUGUGUCCCUUCGGAAAUACGUGCUCUUCGCCGGAGUUGUCGCCGUGUUCCUCCCAAAGGUCCUGCCAACAUUGCAACGAGCCCGUUCGGCGGCCCAAUGGAUUGGUUUGCCGAACGUGCUGCGAUACCAAGUACGUCAGAUCUCGCGCACGUCCGUAUUGGCAGUGGCUGGGAUGGGACUCGUCUUGGCGGCUCCGUGUGUGCAUCUCGCGGCGGUAUGCCGAUUGGUGUGGAUCGGGUAUACGCACGACUUUUCGCUCGCCACCGACGCCGAUCAACUCCAAGCGCUACUCCGCGACGAAUCCGACGCCACUCAAUCCCGUUACCAAUGGCGCUACCGGCUCCGGUGGCGUCCACCGGAAAGAAUCGCAGCUACCCUGAACCAAUGGCGCAAACGCUUCUGGUACUGGUUUUUCUUUGCUGGAAGCGUCCCCGACAAACUACGUCGCGAAUAUGGUGGCAAACGCCAGAGCGAAGCACACCGGCAAGGUCUAACCGUACUCCAACGAGUACAGGAAGAACAACGCAAGGAUCCGUACGCUCCAAAACCCGACAGCACGCGGUGGAAAAGUCGGGCCAUGGAACGUUUGGCGGAGAAACACCAGAGAGAUUACGAUUCGGGAUCGUUCGAGGAUCCGCUUGGCGUGGCGGUGCACCAGACUCUAGGAAUUGGUCUGGGUUUUAAUUUUGACCACAUGGGCAAACCGAACGCAGCCGACGUUCUUUCAACCCGACGGCUACAAGCCCGCGCCGCCAAGAGUGCCAUUCGACGCCGCCCAGCUCCGUCAGGAUGCGGACGCCGAGAUCCAAUAUCUGGCUCAGCGACUAUCCGACCUGAUACCGACGGAUAA